UGUCUUGUUUGUGCACAAGAAUUUUAUUUCGAAAUGGGAUUACAAGAAGAGGUAUCGCAAGUUUGGCAUCCUUACCAGAAACCCAUCAAAUGUUACAAAAGACAUGUAGAGAUUUUGCUGAUAAUGAAUUGAAACCAAUUGCUGCAAAAUUAGAUCGUGAACACUUAUUUCCAGCCGAACAAAUUAAAAAAAUGGGUGAAUUAGGUUUAAUGGCAAUCGAUGUUCCUGAGGAAUAUGGAGGGACUGGUUUAGAUUAUCUAGCAUAUGCUAUUGCUAUGGAAGAAAUAUCUAGAGGAUGUGCAAGUGCUGGAGUUAUUAUGUCUGUAAAUAAUUCGUUAUAUUUAACACCGAUUAUGAAAUUCGGAAAUGACAAACAAAAGAAAGAAUUUGGUGAACCAUUUACGAAUGGCCAAAAAAUUGGAUGUUUUGCAUUGUCCGAGCCUGGAAAUGGAUCCGAUGCAGGAGCAGCAUCAACUAUGGCGGCCAAAGACGGUGAUUCCUACAUUUUAAAUGGUACUAAAGCAUGGAUUACAAACGGUUACGAAAGUGAAGCAACAAUAGUAUUUGCAACGACAGAUAAAUCAAAAAAACAUAAAGGAAUUACGGCAUUUUUGGUAAAUAAACCAACAAAAGGUUUAAGUCUUGGUAAAAAAGAAGAUAAAUUAGGUAUUCGAGCGUCAUCAACAUGCUCAUUAAUUUUCGAAGAUUGUCGUGUACCCGCUGAAAAUAUUUUAGGCGAACCUGGUUUCGGUUUUAAAAUCGCUAUGCAAACAUUGGACGCUGGACGUAUUGGUAUUGCGUCACAAGCUUUAGGCAUUGCUCAAGCUUCUUUAGAUUGUGGCAUUGAAUACUCAAGUAAACGAUUAGCUUUCGGUAAACCAAUUAUGAAAUUACAAGCAAUUCAACAUAAAUUAGCUGAUAUGGCAUUACGAUUAGAUUCAGCACGAUUAUUAACAUGGCGUGCAGCUUGGUUAAAAGAUAAUAAAUUACCAUUUACAAAGGAAGCUGCUAUGGCUAAAUUAGCUGCUAGUGAAGCAGCUACAUUUUGUAGUCAUCAAUGUAUUCAAAUACUUGGUGGUAUGGGAUAUGUUGCCGAUAUGCCAGCUGAAAGGCAUUAUAGAGAUGCUCGUAUUACGGAAAUUUAUGAGGGUACUUCUGAAAUUCAAAAAUUAGUUAUUGCUGGAUCUUUAAUUAAGGAAUAUGGUCUUAAUUAAUGUUUAAAAUGUGUAUUACCUAUCGUGGAACCUUUGAGUUGAGAUUUUUAUAAUUUUAACAAUUCUCUUUUGUGUUAUUACCAAAAUAAUAUUUAUAGGGUUUACAAUUAGGAUGUAUAAGUAGCUCUAACUGAAAUGAUACAAAAACAAGAGAGAGCGUAUAUUAAUAUGUAUCUUGCGGACAAUAAAAUGGUAAUGGUAAAGCACGUGCACAUUUUGUGACGCUGAGAUACAUUAAAUAUAUUAAGUGGCAUUAAAACACAGUUCUAAUAAUGUGUAUUUUUCAACUACCAAAUAUAUCUGAUAUAUAGAUUGUGUUGCAAUUUUGUUUUCCGCAAGAUAUGUAUACUAUACGAGUAUUUUCUCUUGUUGCAAUAUGAUUUUUAUUUAAACUAUCGCUACAUCCGAGUUAAAAUUAUUAGAAAAAAGAAGUGCCAUUAUUCAGUUAAAGGUUAUUCGGUUCAAAUAUAAAAUUCAAAUUUCUUUCAUUUUUAUUUUUAUUUUAAGUAUUAUAAUCGUGGAGUAUAUAUUAUUUAACUUACCAGUAUAUUUUUCUGGUUGAAGCUUGCCUAGGGCACAAUGAUUGCACCAUAUUCGAUAUUUGCCGUACGAUGAGUCUCUAUACUCACCAAAUAACCAAUAACGCAGGUCUCGUAGUGUUUCGAGCUUUCAAAUCAGGUCAAACUGUGUAAAUAUUAUACCUUGAAAAGUAUUGCAUCCACACUUUCGUUAAUAUUUGUUAUCCUUUUUAUUCUCUUUUGUUCGAAAUUUCAUUGCGUAGCUCAUCCUAAUAACAGUAUUACGCCCCCCCCUUCUCUCCUCCCAGACAUUCGCAUGCAAGACGAUAAAUUUUUCUUUUACUGUAUAUUUGGGUCAGCUUCAAAUGAUUACAAAGUUACUAUACAAAAAUUUAUAAAAAAACCAGCAACUUUGACAACUUUUUUGAUUGUUUUCUUAAUUAUUAUGCUGCGGAUCUAUCUGUCUAGACACCACUACACUAAUGAGCUUAAUUGCAAAUAAAUCGUUGUAUAUUGUGGAACGGGGAGUCACAAUGAAAUCUCGUAUCAUUCUUAGGAUUUGUAGUGUUGCUUCUGAUAAAAAUCUUGCUAUUACGAUUAUACUUCGAUAAAAGACUUAUCGAAGACGUAUAGCAACCAAAACGACUGAAUAAUGUUUUUUACAAAUACGA